AUGGCCGACCCGACGCAAAACCAAACCGACACCGCGGACUCCGUCGUCGCGCCAGUCGCGAAGGAAGACGCCGAGACCACGGCCGCCCGCCGCGAACUCAAGCACACAUCCAUCUCCGAGCAAGGCAUCACCGUGGCCCAAGACAGCGGAUCGGACAAUGGCACCCCUACAGCAGGAUCAAAGAGGACGACCCCAGAGCCCGCAAUUGGCGACGAUAAGGACACCGAGAUGAAGGAGCAGGUUUCCUCUCCUAAGAAGAAGCGAGCACACGACGAGCUUGACGAGAGCAAGGACGCGAACGACGCUCAAUCCGGGGACAAGGCUUCCACAGAGGAGGCCAAGUCCAGCGCGACCCAGAGUAGGACAGACAGGUCCGAGCCGGAGAAGAAGCGCGCCCGCGACGAGACAACAUCGUCGGAUGACGGAGUCAAGGAGACUCCUACGUCGGCAUCCGUUGAGACAACCACCACCGAGACUACUACGAAGACUGUCGAGCCAGCGUCAGAAGUCAAGCCCACGACCGAAGAAAAGCCCCAAACAUCAUCCUCCGCUUUCGCCCAGUCGGGUUUCGCCAAGCUUGCCAGCUCUACAACUUCUCCCUUCGGCGCCCUAGGCGGCUCGGCAGCCCCCAGUCUUUUCGGCUCUACAAACUCCGGAUCCGCCUCUCCCUUCGGCACUCUCGGUGCUUCCACCACAGCAGCGGCUCCCGCGCCACCCAAGCUCAGCUUCGGCAGCUCCGCUGCGGCACCAUCGCCCUUUGCUGGUUUUAACAGCGCCAGCAAUGGCUCCCUGUUCGGCGGCGGAUUUUCUAGCGGUUUUGGAGGUAGCGCGCUUGGUGGAGCCAAACUUACAAGUUUUGGUGGAAAGCCCGGCGACACUUUGACGAGCAGCAAGCCUGCCAAGCCUUUCGGCGCGCCAGAGAGUGACGCGGAGGAUAGUGAAGAGGAGGGAGAUAACGAUAAGGAGGAUGCGGGGUCGAACAAGGAGAAGGAGGGCGAGAACGAUGAGGCUAAGACUGCGGCAGAGGAAGAGAAGAAGUUAAAGUUGCGAAAGGUCGUGGUUGACGACGGCGAGGGCGAGGACGCCACGCUACUAGCGGUACGCGCCAAGAUCUUCAUCAUGGAGAAGGGUGUCGGCUGGAAGGAGAGGGGAGCCGGCAUGCUCAAGGUCAACGUGCCCAAGGCGAGCGUCGAGCGAGAUCACAACGGCAACUGGGACUCCUCGUCCUUCGACGCCUCAGCGCUAGUAGAGGACAGUGGUGAUGGAGAGGCUGGCAGCGGUGGUGGCCGCAAGAGUGUCCGUCUCGUCAUGCGCCAAGAUCAUACCCUCCGUGUCAUUCUCAACACGGCGAUUGUACCGGCAAUGACGUUUGUUGUGACUAAGAAGCUCAAGGCGGCAUAUGUGCUGUUUACAGCGUUUGAGGGCACGGAGCCGAGACAGGUGCAGGUAAAGCUGAGCGAGGCCAACGCUACCGCCUUCAAGAGCCUUAUGGAUCUUAUACAGAAGGAACUCUCCGAUGAGUAA